UUAAAAAUAAAUAAUUUAUUUAUUAUCAUGAAGCUCUUUAUUGUAUUAGCUAUUAUAGCUAUUGCUGCAGCUCGAUCACAUGUAAGAAAUCAAUUACCUGCUGAUAAUGGUGACAUUCUUUCAAAAUCAUAUGAUUUAAAAGACGAUGGUUCCUAUGGAUGGGAAUAUGAAACCGCAAAUGGGAUUAGCGCGUCAGAAAAUGGUGUAGGUGGACAAUAUGCUAAAGGUACUGUUGAAUGGACUAGCCCUGAAGGUGAACAUAUUAUUCUUCAAUAUACUGCUGAUGAAAAUGGUUAUCAACCAUCUGGAUCACAUGUACCACAAGCUCCAGAGUAUAUAGCACGUGCAUUAGCAUGGAUUAGAGCUCAUCCAUCAGUUUAUAGAAAUUAA